AUAUGGCCGCCAAUGAGAAAAAAAUUCGUGAAGGACUUGCUCUUUUGAAAGAAGCUGAUAAGUGUCUUCAGACCAGUUGGUUAAAAUGGAAACCAGAUUACGACAAUGCUGCAGAUAAAUUUAUGAAAGCUGGAACGUCGUUUAAAGUUGGCAAAUCUUAUGAUCAGGCCAAAGAUUCAUUUUUAAAAGCUGCUGAUGCACAUUCUAAAAAUAAUUCACUGUAUCAUGCAGGAAAAGCUUUAGAGCAAGCAGGUGCCAUGUUGAAAGAAAUGAAAAAACUCGACGAAGCAGCAGAUCUCAUGAUGAAAGCUGGAGCACUCUAUCAAGAACAUGGCACACCAGAUACAGCUGCUUUAGUUCUUAUAAAAGCUGCAAAAAUGUGCGAGGGAACAAAUAUGAGUAAAGCAAUAGAACUUUAUCAAUCAGCAGGAGAAUUAAGAGAGACAGACGAUAAGCUCCGUGAAGCUGCAGAACCUUACGCUAAAGUCACACAACUUUUGAUAAAACAACAAAAAUUCGAGGAAGUUGUGAAUUCGAUGCUUAAGCAACUUAAGUUGUAUUCAACUAUUGGAAAUUUGCCCAUGCAAUAUAAGGUACUCUUGGGAUUAACAGUUGUACAUCUGUCUCAAAGCGAUUAUGUUGCUGCAGACAAAUGUUUCAAAGAUGGCUUUGAUGUGGGAGGCUUUGGCAACUCUGAUGAAGCUGAGUCUAUUGAGGAAUUACUGCAGGCCUAUGAUCAAGGUGAUGCAGAACAAAUCAAAGCAGUUGUAAGGAAGCCUAUAUUUCGAAACUUGGACAAUGAGCUCAGUAAACUGGCCAGGGAUUUGAAGCCAUCUGAUGAGUUUAACAUCAGUCAGCAACAUACAGAACUUCGCCUGUUAUCAAGCGAUAUUACUAAAUUGAAUAUUGAUGAUACAAAACCGGGAGGUGAUAUUCACAGGACUGUUGAACCACCCCCCAGCAAAAUGCUUGAAUUUGAUGAGGACGAGGAUAAUCCUUUGGGGAGUGACGAAACAGCAGGGGGGGCUGAAGGCACUGAGACAAUAAAUGAUCCAAAUGCUGGAUCACUUGAUAUGUCAACAACUGAAGCUAGUACACCAUCUACUAAAGAUAAUGUAUUAACAAGUGACAAACAUUCUCUGAGUUCUGAGCAAAAUGUUCAUGAGGCUGAGAAUAAGGGAAAUGAGGAAGGUUCUGGUGAUGAGGAGGGUGAAUUAUGUUGAUCCAAGGAUAAUUGAGGUUGAUAUUUUAGGUUGAAUGAAAUUAAGACACAAUAUUUAAACAUUUGUGAAAUUAAGGAAUCUAAAUAAGAAUUUAGACACACUAAGAAAGAUUAAUUACUAAGAAUAGUGUUUGCGUAUAUCUAUAUCUAUAUAUGUAUACUCUCUCUCUCUUUGUAUACUAUAACAACCCCCAGAAAAUAAUUAAAAGUACACAAUAUUCAGG